AUGUCCGCUAAUUCUGAUGCCAUUUGGGAGGACCUUCUUGCGGAUUUGAAAACACUUCCUGCUAUCUCGUUUGAUGGGUUUGCGCGCCGAAUUCAUUUCCGAGCUCGUUGGCAUGGAGAUUUCGACAGCCUGAGGAAGUACAUUGGCACUGACCAACCGUACCCUGCUAAUGAUGAAAGCCAUGACCAGGUGCUUGAUGGCAUGUAUACCGGGGAAGAAUUCAGGAGGCUUGGGAAUUGGUUCCUUGCUGCCGAAUUCAUUAGCAUCGAUGAUGAUGGCUUGUGGCAGGUAGCUGAGGCAGCGCAACUUGCAGCGUUCCUUUUUUAUCCUAUAUUUACUCCAGAAGUACUCCGGGGCCUCAUGUCGAUGUGUCUUGCCGAGCAUCUCAACACUAAAUUCAAAAGCAAUGGCCAUCCUAGCCUCAUGGAGCUAGCAAAUACUACCGGGUUCGCGGACUACUUUAUCAACAGAAUACAAACCAAGUCUUUAAUUAUCAACCUUGCCUUAACUGAACCCACAAGGUCAGAUCAUUUGUUUAGCAUCUCAGUCCUUCUCGUUGCGGACUAUCUGAAAUACAAAACUGCAUGGCUUGAUAUAUGGAGACUUCUCUCAAAAGACAGACCAAGCUUUAAAGCACUACAUGCUUGGUCUCUUGUGACAUGGGAUGAGCAGGCACAGCGCGAUGAAGUGAAGAUAGACAACAUCGUGAAGAACUGUGGUAUAGCUGCGACGAUGGCAUAUUGUUCUGUGCUAGGCUCGCUGUCAACUUUCGACGCACUAGUCAUCUUCUACAAAGCAGUAAUAGCUGCGAUUGAUACAGACUCGUUUCCAGAACUUCGCCCGUACCUCGAUAGCAUCCAAGCAAGUAUGAAGAGGCUGAUUGACGAAGCCGCUAUCAUCAACGAAUUUGUAAGCUACUCUGAAAAGCUCUACACGACCUUCUACCACAACAUGUCCGAGAAGUGGCGCGAUGGUGUACGCAACGCGUGGAGAGAACGUAAUACUGGUGCUCUUACAGACUGGAUCAACAAGGCUACAUCCUCGACUUAUAUUGAACCAAAUCAGCCUUGGCCAGUGGUAUCACAAUCCAGUCUUUUAUGUGGGACGAACCUGAAUCUUUCUCAAGGUAAAUCAAAACAGAUAAAGGGUGUUACGAACAAUAAUCGAUUCCUUGUGUCCGCAAAGCCGCCGCGAUAUAGCCACGAGGGGUUAACCGAUGUAAUGACAGACGGCGAAAAGCCCUUCACAACUCCAUCGCAAGUAUUUUACACUACCACUGGACUUCGAGCGGUAGAUCCAGAUUCUGCCAAAACGAGUUGUCCACUCGCUCAGAUCGGACCAUUGAGAAGGGGACAUGUUAUCUAUCGCCUGACCGGCAAUCCGGAUGACUAUAUGUACGAUGCUGUGGAAAUAAGGUCUAUAGAAGUGGGCCAUGAAUCAGAGCAGACCGUAUACAGCGUGUCGCUGUGGGCAGGCGAGCAGUCGCAUCAUGCGAACGGUUACCUUCUUGCCAUCAAUAACCCCAACAGAGCUGUCGAAUCCACGGCCCGUGCCCUUCGUGCCCUUCCUCCAAAGAAGCGACUCUCACUUCUUGCAUCAUUUCACGAGCUCAGUUCGACGUUCACGAAGAACGACAUUCAAGCUAUCCACGAGCGACUGAACUUUGAACUCUUUGGUAGUUAUGGGAAGAGAGAGGAAGACCCAAUAACACGGUCCGAGAUCUUCCCGGCCCUUGUCUCUCCAAGUGACCAGCUAAAGGCGAUGAAAUAUAACCCUCGACAGCUACCCAAUGGCGUCCCUCUGGACAGGGUAGAGAGGAGGUUCUCGCUACACGCAAAGGGAGACGUCCAAGAAAAUGUGUUCGAACACGGAGUUCUGUCCAUCUACUAUCAUGGACUGUCGGGUAAGGGUGUGGUACUCAUUACUGCCACAGAUGCACCACAGAACUGCUCCAAGCAGGACAUCCAAGCAUUCGAAGCAAUGCCAACAAGCGUAGCAGGCAAUGUCAAACUGCUUCAUUCCAGGCGGCAAACAGGCGAAAGGGACAGCGACGAUGAAGGGGAAUAUAUACCUCUUAUCACCGUCUCGAUGCAAUACGACAAGAGCACAUGGGCACCGGGUGAACCUUUAGACAAGCCCAAAGAUCCUAUGUCCGGUAUGGACGUGCAAUGGGGCUUUUUGUACCCACCUGAUGGAUCUCAGACCACAGCAACGAGGAUACCUAUUCUUGACGAUCUUCGAGAUCAACUCAAUGAAAAAUAUAAUCGAAAAUUCGACAGGCUUUAUGAUAGCUGGGAAAUAGUGCUAGAUGACGGCAGGAUCAGGGCAACCGUGGAAUUCAAUCUUGCAAGCGUCGUGCCAUUUAUCUCCGAUGCCGGGAUGGACGUCAACACUCUGAAUGUGAAUUUCAAGUCCCAGUUGGGGAUCGACAUCACGCUUCCCGUUCUUUUCCAGUCAUUCUACAUCGACUACGAUGUUGACCUCCGUACGGUAAAGGGCGCCAUCUUCGACUACAAUCCUCUGAUGCGUGACACGAAAGGAGAUAGGCGGUUCAUUUGUGGGAUUUCAGACAUCGAUGAUUCCGAGAUUUAUGAUAUGCGAUUGAGGGCCUCUAAAGCCUAUGCGGACUGUGCGGAUUUGACUGCGCCGACCGCAUUCACUUCGGCCCUGCAACCAGCGGAAGUGACAGAUCAGUUGCAUCUGCUACAGGAGCCUACGGUUGACGAGCUUCUUGCACCACCUGGCUAUGAUGAGGUUGCAAUCCAUAAUAUGUCUCAAGUGCUUAUCAAAUCGAUGAUGUUCUACCACAUGGAUGACGAUCAGCGCGAAGACUUGACCGGUCAGAGCAAGCCCAAAGAUCUACCUUUGAGUUUAGGGGCGAACCUGCCGACAGACCUGCAGAAAUUCUUUCGAGAAAAGUACGCACCCGCAUUUCUAUGUCAGUCUGUAAUGCGCUACGAGAAAUACGAAGAUAAUUUCACAGAUCAGGAAAAGAAGAACAUGCGAUACUGGUGGGACGGAAAUGGUGACAAAUGCCUUGCAAAGUCGAAGGAGUAUGCCGAGAUCAACCGCCGGGCUUCUGUUGAAGCCGUUAGCCAAUUCAAUGCGGAUGUACUUGACAAAUAUUUCGACGACAACCCGAAAGAAUGGGCCUGCACUCUUUAUGCCGCUUUGAAGGACAAAGGUCGAAUGUUGACAUAUCUAGCACAUCCUAUACAGGGCAACGUCAAUGUGAUCAACCGCGAGUGCUGUAUCCUUGACGCAUUGGCACCAUCGGAGGGAUUAGCCGACCAGUGGUUCGAAUAUUUCGUUGGCUUUGCCAGUGAGCGUCAUCUUCACUAUCCAUACAUUGACCCGGAUGAAGAUCUGGCUGGUCAAUGGCUACAUGAUUCGAUGAGGGAUCUUAUUCAACGUGUUCUUGAAGGAGAUCCGUCCGUCGACGAAGAUGUGCGCAAGGGCCUGGAAAAGGACAUAGAGGAGUUUGAAAAGGCGAAUGGACUCGACCAGACUGCAACUGCCGAGGCCAGGGCCAGCAAUAUCGUGGAGAAAGGGGCGAUAUUUUUCGGAGAAGCAAAAAAGUGGCUGACCGCAGUUGGUAAAGGUCUUGCGGUUGCUUUACAGGGCACGAGGCUGUUUCAAUUGGCGGAAGCCAGCUUUGAACAGGUGACGAAAGCUAUCGGGGACAGCUUGCCAGGGAUUAAGAAGCUGAAACCGCUCGCUACGAUAGGCAUGGUAUGUCGUGGACUCUUGCUCUGCGAUUGUACCGGG